AUGAGUGUCCGCGUAGUCGCACGAAUCAGACCACUGCUCAAGCAAGAGCUCGACAAGGACACCAUCGUCACCGCAGAGCCCCUCGAAGGGGAGUCCACCGCUACGGUCGUACGGUUACCGAGCCCGAAGAAUGAUGCAGAAUCCUUCAGUUUUCAGUUCAGCUCUGUGUAUGAACAGGAGGCUACACAACAACAACUGUUUGAUGCCGAGAUCUCACCGACGGUCAAACACUUGUUCAAUGGCUUCGACCUGUCGAUCUUCGCACAUGGCUGCACCGGUACCGGCAAGACCCAUACGAUGCGAGGAGGGAAGUCGCUGGCCGACCGUGGUGUGAUCCCUCGGCUUUUGAGCGCCAUAUACAGACGGUGCAAGAGAAUUGAAAAGGACUCCGCCGGCGCUACUGAAGUUGAGGUCGCGUUGGAAUACUUCGAGAUCUAUUGUGACCGCGUAUACGAUCUAUUCGAGCCACCGGAGAAGCGCACACCAUCUGGUCUUCCCAUCCGCGACAACCACGGGAAGACAGUCGUUGUUGGUCUGACUGAGAAGCCAUGCACGACGCUGAAGGAGUUCGAGCAGUUGUAUGAUCAGGCGAACAUGAACCGUUCAACGUCUGCGACAAAGCUCAACGCGCACUCAUCCCGAUCGCAUGCCGUACUUUGUGUCAAGAUCACACAGACCACCGAAACCAUAGUUCGUGUGAGCCGAGCAUCUUGCAUCGAUCUCGCAGGAUCUGAGGACAACCGCCGUACGGAAAACAACAAGGAGCGCCUCGUCGAAAGCUCCGCCAUCAACAAGUCGCUCUUCGUGCUCGCACAGUGUGUCGAGGCUAUGAACAAGAAGCAAAGCAGGAUACCGUACCGCGAAUCGAAGAUGACGAGAAUUCUUUCGCUUGGUCAGAACAAGGGCUUGACUGUCAUGAUUCUGAACCUUGCACCAACUCGCGCGUACCACCUCGACACUAUCAGUUCCUUGAACUUCGCCAGUCGCACAAAGAAGAUCGAAGUCGCAGAGGUGGAGAAUGACCCGGUUCUCAGGACCAUGUCGAAGCCUCUUGCAGUGACUAGCAGCAUAGGAGGAGCGAACAUAAAGCGACAACCUCUGCGAGCUCUGACAGCAGCAGCCAAUGUCAACGUAUCAGAGCCAGGGAAGGAGAAGAAGGGAGAAAAGCCUGUAAAGGCCUUUUCCGUAUAUUCCGAUUCCCGCAAGCCUGUAUCACGUGUGUCUAACCUUACCUCCCAGAACCAAGGCUUACGACGUACGGAAGCGCAGAAGCGGGCGGCAGAACCGAGCGGAACCUUUAGCACUCGACCUACGAAGACAUUCCGAGCGGCCGAUAGCACUUCGCGAGUUCGUAACGUGGAGUCUGGCAUGACAAAAGAAGACAUCGAGGCACUCAUCGCGCGGAGACUAGACGAGCGGCUUGCAGAGAAAGCGCUACAAGAUGCUGCAGCUGCAGCACCAGCCCUCUCUGAUGAACUUCAAAGGCGCCUCGACGAUCUGGAACAGCGCAUUGACGCGAAGGAGGACGAUGGAAAGUCACAGGGCUUGCAGUUCUUGUUGAUGGCCAAGCAACAUCACGCGCGAGGCGAAGAUGCCAGCGCUCUUCGCAUGUACCACUUAGCUGAGCCGUACUUCCCUGGCAAUGAGAAGCUUCAGGCGAAGAUGAUGAAUCUGGAAGAUCGGAUACGGGCGAAGCGCGAGGAAGGACAAAAGCACGUGUCAGCACCAGUCGCACCAGCGCCCGUGUCGACCCUCAUGAUGCCAUUGAAGGCAGACAAGAAGGCCUCAAGGCUGAAGAUGGCCUUCAGGGACGAUGCCGAGUCUGAAGAUGACGACUUCGCACCACCGCCACCGUCAGACCACGACGACUCAUUCGCAUCUGAGGACAGCUUUGUAACGAAGCCGAAAGCGGCUCGUAAGCCCAAGAAGACAACGAAGAAGCUCCCCAUCUUUCGCGACGAUCUCGAUGCAUCAGCAGUCCCUGGCGAACAGACACCACGAACAUCGCACCUUCUGAAGAUCAUCAACAGCCGCGAUGUCAAUCAGAUCAAGGCGCUGAAAGGAGUGGGCUCCAAGAAGGCCGAUGCUAUCGUGAACUGUUUGGUGGAGAUGGACAAUGCUGAAGUGCAAGACCUGGCCAGCCUGGCUAUGUUGAAGGGUGUCAGUGGCAAGACGGUUGAGAACAUGAGGAUGGGAUUGAGUGCUGUUGGUGAUUAUGACUUCUGA